GUUGAGAGAUUGGGAGGUGUUGAUCUUCAAAGGGAUCUGGGUAUAAUUGCAGGUGCAGCAAGCAAUUUGGAAUGCAAACAGUAUGUUGGUGUUUAUUACUAGAGUAUUUGAGUACAAAAGUAAAAGUUUCUUACAACAAUUACAUGCAACCUUAGAGACCACAACCAGAGCUUUGCAUACAAUGUUUUUUCCAGAUUUUUUUUAAAUAUACAAAAAAGUAUACACUAGCUUGGGAGAAACAAUUAACCAGACUGACAAUGAUUCAGUAGAUUGAUUGCUGGAUUAAUAGAUCUAUUAUGAAGAGGAGAUUGAAUAGGUUAACCUCGAUUGACUAGAUUUUAGAAUUAGAGGUGCCAUAACUGACGUACAGAAGUUCUGACCAGAUUCCCUAGGCUGAGUCGAGAACCAUGGGCCAGCUUCAAAAUAACAAGUCAGCUACCAAGGACUGAAAUGAGAAACAAUUUGUUCACUUGGGGAGGCAGACCUGUGUGAUUCUCUACUCCAGGGGGCCUUGGAAGCUCAGUCACUGAUUGGAUUCAAAACUGAGACGGAUAGACUUGCGGACAUUGAAGGAAUCAAGGGAUGUGGGGAUUGGGCCGAAGAAGGGUACUGGAGGUCGAUCAGCCAUUAUUCUGUUGGGUGACAGAGCAGGCUUGAGGGGCUGAGUGGCCUUCCGCUGCUGAGCAUAGGAGUUGGGAAGUUAUGAUGCAGUUAUACAAGACAUUGGUGAGGCUGCACUUGGACUAUUGUGUAGAGUUUUGGUCACCCUGUUAGAGAAAGAGUGCAGCAAAGAUUUAACACUACGUUACCUGGACUUGGGGGCCUGAGUUACAAGGAGAGGUUGUGUAGACUAGGACUAUUCCCUAGAAUGUAGGAGAUUGAGGGAUGACCUGAUAGAGGUAUAUAAGAUCAUCAGGGGCAUAGACAAGGUGAAAGCACAUAGUCUUUUUCCCCAAGGAGGUGGUGUUUAAAAACAAGAGGGCAUAGGUUUAAGAUCAGAGGUGAGAUUUAAAAGGGACAUCGGGGGCAGCUUCUUCAUGCAAAGGGUGGUGCAUAUUUGGAAUGAGCAACAUUAAAGUCAUCUAGAUAAGUACAUGGAUAGGAGGAGUUUAGAGGACUAUGGACCAAAUGUGGGCACAACACUGUCAGCAUGGACAUGCUGGGCCGAAGGGCCUGUUUCCAUGCUGUAUGACUAUGACUCCCGUUUCUCGCUCAGUUCCAGCGGGGCCUCCGGGAGCCCAGCUCCAGGCGCGGGCCGGUUGCCAUGGAGACGCUGCCACCCUCCCUUUGUCCCCGGGCGGCGGACGUUCCUUCAUUGCCCCGGUUGCUAAGCAGCGGCAGGGGACGCGGUGCCCGGCACCCGUGCGGCAUUCCGGAGGCCGGGAGUCGGCCAGCGGCGGGGGGAACUGAGCUCGCAGCCCGCUGCCGUCGGGAACAGCGAGCAGCAGGCCGCGCUUCGGAGAGUCCCCGCUGGCGGGAGGAGCAGCGGCAAUGACGGCCGCCGUCAGUCUGGCGCGGCCGGCGCGGGCGGGUCAGACGGUGAUCCCCUUCGUGAGAGGGCCCGAGGACCGGCACUUCUUCACCAGCUUCCAGGACCAGAGCAACGUCGCCUUCGCCAGGUGGUCCCCCUAUGCGCAGCCUCCGGAAGACUUGUACCCGCCGGCGCCUCACCGACACGACGUGCCGCUGCUUGAUCUCACCUCGGGCUUCAGGAGCGUGGCUUCGGGUGCGGCGGCGGGCAGCCCCCGGCUCCCCAGCACGCCCUUCCACCUAGCGCCGGCCGGCAACUGCCGAGCCCGCACCGCCGUCCCCGUCAGCGCACGUCCUCUGCUGCUCGACGUGGCAGCACAGGCGCGCUGGAACUCCAAAUCGGUGUCGGCCGAAGCCAUCCGGGCAAGGAUGGGAGGCUGGACGAGCCCAAUCCGAGUGACACCAUCACCACACUCCACUCCUGUUAGUCUGAAAACCCAUACCUUUAACUUCAAUGUGGAUCCUACAGAUCAGACUACCAGUGAUCCAACACCUGACAGUAAAAGAGAAAUGAAAGCAAAAAAAUACAUGUACACAACAACUACCCAGAGGAGUUAUGAGGAUGUUAAUUGGGACUGUAAGUUGCCACCCAAAGUCAAGCCUGCAGAUACAACACAGGAUAUACAAUCUGACCCUUUGUCCCGACAUUCUGCUCUAAAAAGAUUUGAUCCAAGUCCUCAUGUGUGGCAAGCUGUAGGUGGGCUUGGAGUCUGGGACAAAUCUCAAUCCCGACCCUCAAGUGCUGUAGCUAAGCCACUCAAUUUUACAAGUCCUUUUCCCAGAAUUCAUCAGAUUCCACUCUAUAGUGGCUCCAUUGGUGGCAAUAACCUUGAGGAUGUGGAUAAUCCCUACACUGAAUUCACCCCCUUCACGGUUCUUCGAACCAAAAAGCCACGACAAACAGAUACAAAUUAUUGCCCAGAUAUCCCUGGUUAUACAGGUAAAAGGCAGUGGUCUAGCACAGAACCUAAUAAAUCCAAUAUUUCAAGAAUGUUCCAAGCACCUCCAGAUCAAGUACAAGGGAUCGAGGAACAUUUCAAGCAGAAAGCUGAGUGGCAACAGUAUCAGCACCACAGCUCAGAAGACAUCAGGUCCAAUUACCUGGGAGUCAUACAAUUACCUGAAAGUGCUGGGAAUCUGGUUCAGAGGAGCCGGGACAAGCAGCAAGAAUUGACAGGGGUGAAUAACCAAGGUGAAACAGAAGCUGGGAAUGUGAGGGGAGCAUUCUUUCUCAAUGGUGGGCAAGAACCUGGUUAUCAGAAGCAAAAUGUUCCCAGUGAUGCUGCAUGA